CCUCAGUUCCUCUUCUCCACUUCCAGCUGACUGAUCUCUCUCUCUCUCAAAACCCUCCUUAACCCCGAACCUAGAUCCAUUCCAAAUGCUGAUCCGCCGAGUAGCAGCACUGAGCACCGCCACCGUGCACCACCUCCGGCGUUUCUCCACCGCCGCACUCCUUCAAGAAUUCGAGACCCCGCAGGAAUUCUCUUACCUGGAUGGAUUCCCAAGGCCGGACCCAAAAUAUGACGAAAUCAUUAACGCCAUCCCACGAGCAAUCUCCGGGAAGAACAUUUCCGCCAAGGAGAGGAAAGCCGGCCGCGUACCCAGCAUCGUCUUCGAGGCGGAGGACGGCCAGCACGGCGGCAACAAGCGCCUCAUCUCCGUGCAGACGAAUCAGAUUAAGAAGCUCGUGAAUCACAUGGGCCGAUCCUUCUUUCUAUCUAGGGUUUUUGAUCUCGAGGUUCGGCCGGAGUUUCAGUCCGAUGAAAUUGUUGAGAAAGUUCGCGUCUUGCCUCGGAAGCUUCAUCUUCAUGCAGGCACGGAUGCUGUGCUUAAUGUUACGUUCAUAAGAGCUCCGUCUAGUGCUUGGUUAAAGGUUGAUAUUCCUCUCGUUUUCAGAGGAGACGAUGUUUCCCCAGGUCUCAAAAAAGGGUCGUCUUUGAACAUCAUUAAAAGAACCGUCAAGUAUCUUUGCCCUGCAGAUAUCGUACCUCCGUACAUUGACGUGGAUUUAAGCGAGCUGGAUGUCGGGCAGAAGAUAGUUGCGGGAAAUCUCAACGUGCAUCCAGCUUUGAAGCUACUCCGAUCGAAGGAUGAAGCUGUCGUCAAGGUUAUGGGUGCUCGGGUUUCCGAUCAAAAGAAAGCCAAGUAGUUUGCUCUUUUUUUUCCAAAUUAAUCAUUAUUUUUCUUUUUUCUUUUUGUUGGAAGGGGAAAUUUCGAAUUGUAACAAAAAUAUGAUAGUCCUUAAAUUUGGCGAAUGAGAAGUUGUUGUUAGUUUAAUCGAUUCUCGGAAAGAAAAAAAGAAUUAAUAAAACUAUCUCCAGGCCUUUUUUGCUUU